UUGGAUGGCUUCUACGGUGAGCCUGGGCAGAGAGACGUUGUUGGAAGAUGGACUGCCGCCUGCAAAAAAGCCCAGGAAGCUGUUGCCAAGCCUCAAAGCCAAGAAGCCUCGGGAGCUCGUCCUGGUGAUCGGGACGGGGAUCAGCGCGGCGGUUGCUCCUCAGGUGCCGGCGCUGAAGUCGUGGAAGGGCUUAAUCCAGGCCCUCCUGGACGCUGCUAUUGACUUUGAUCUCCUGGAAGACGAAGAGAGCAAACGGUUCCAAAAGUGUCUCCACGAAGACAAGAACUUGGUUCACGUCGCCCACGACCUUAUCCAGAAGCUGUCUCCGCGCACAAGCAACGUUCGCUCCACUUUUUUCAAAGACUGUUUGUACGAAGUGUUCGACGACCUGGAGUCUAAAAUGGAGGAUUCCGGGAAGCAGCUGCUCCAAUCGGUGCUUCACCUGAUGGAGAACGGGGCGCUGGUGUUGACCACCAACUUCGACAACCUGCUGGAGCUGUACGCCGCGCACCAGGGGAAGCACCUCGAGUCUCUGGACCUGACAGAUGAAAAAAAGGUGCUGGAGUGGGCGCAGGAGAAGAGGAAGCUCAGCGUCCUGCACAUCCACGGCGUUUACACCAACCCCAGCGGCAUCGUGCUGCACCCGGCCGGCUACCAGAACGUGCUGCGCAACACGGAGGUGAUGCGAGAGAUUCAGAAGCUGUAUGAAAACAAGUCAUUCCUCUUCCUGGGCUGUGGCUGGACUGUCGACGACACCACGUUUCAGGCGUUGUUUUUGGAGGCUGUCAAGCACAAAUCGGACCUGGAGCACUUCAUGCUCGUCCGGCGAGGAGACGUGGACGAGUUCAAGAAGCUCCGCGAGAACAUGCUGGACAAAGGGAUCAAAGUGAUUUCCUACGGGGAGGAAUACGCCGACUUGCCCGAGUACUUCGAGAGGCUGACGAGCGAGAUCGCCACCAGGGGUCGGACAGGCCUGCCCAAGGAGGGACAGCAGCUCAACGGCUCCGCUGCUGCCCACCCUGAGAUGAAAG